GCCUAUUAACAUUUCUGGUACAUUAAAAAAUGAAUGAAUGCAGACAUCAUUUGUCUCCGUUCAUUCAUUAAAAAAAAUUAGUAGAAGACACACAAGUGUGAAGUCAAUUUCACAUAGCAAAUUGUGGAGCCAAAGAGCUUUGCCGUGGCAUGUGCUAGAACACAAUGUUAGAACCAAGCUAGACAACGGUAAGCAGUGGUGGAGCGAUCACCAUCAUGAAUCCAUCCCUCCCCUCCCCCGGUAAAGAAAACAGUGAGAGCGAGAGAAGGGGGUAUCAUUCUUGAGAAAACAAGCCAUGAUUAACCGUACCACACAAACUGGUCGACCCCUUAGCCCAUUUGUACACUUCUGCAUCAUCAGACUGCACCUCAUGAUCUCUCACUGCUCUCUCCCAUGCUCAUUGGAUUGGCUUUGGCUUCAAUUUCCUCAAUAUUAGUCGGCAUAGUUCAGCACGCGAACCCACCUAACCAUUCUGCACUGUUGCUGCAAAUGACUCCGCCGCCCCAGCCCUGUUUGCUAUUAUUUUUUGUGCUCCCAUCGACAUUCAAAGCAAGCUCAUGGUCAAUGGCUGGUUUCCACUUUAGUACCCGAUCUCUAGCAGCCUGAUCUGCCUUGCUUUUGGGCAUGUUCUGAAUAUGGGAGCAAUGGUCUCCUCGUUAUCCCUAUAGAAAGGGCAAGAGCUAUCUCAAGUAAGGCCUCUUUUCCUUAGUUCAGCUUUUCCAUUGCCUUUUCAUGGCAAAUAGUCCACAAUAUGAUCUUCAUCUCGCUUGGCACUUUAAUCUUCGAAAUCAAAGGCCACACUUCAUUGUACAUGUUGUUGGUAAAUCCCCUAAUUAGAUUAUAAGCCGACUCAAUGGAAAACUUACUUAUCGGGUCAUGCUUCCAGUAGUAUUCGUCCUAGAUGUCUGUCUCUGACUGCAUCACCGGUAGUUGCAUCAAAGAAACAAUGUUAGGUGGGAGGUUCGGGAUUUUCUCCCAUUGCCACCCACUGGAGCCAUUCCAACUCUCAACAACAGUAAUUCCUCCCCACGAAUUUGAAGCUCCUUUCUUGCUCGCAAAUAUAUUAUGUAGUUUGUCAUCACUAUGUAUCAUAAUAAAUGACAAAGUUAUCAGUCUUUAAAACAUUGUAACAAUUUAGUGACAACUGACAUUGUACUUGGUUAUCAUGAAAAUCAUCUUAUUUACAAAAAUUCCUUUGUGACUAACGUAGUACUUGUAAUAACAACACAAGUUAUCAUAAAAAAUUAAACAGUGACACAAUUUUACCAUCACAGAAGUACUUUUGAAAAUGAAAGUGAAAUUGUCAUUGAAAUAGUUAUGUGGUGACUGGUGACACUCGUGCAGGUUUGUCAUAAAAGAAGCCAUUAAAGAGCAAUGAUCAAGCUAAGAUAAUCCUUGAGUUUGUGAGUGAAUAUAGUUGAUCCUCUUACUAAUAUUCAUAGACUAUAUUUUUCUGGUAAUAUUUUAGUUAUUUACCACUGUAGAUAAGUAAUAACUAUGCUGAGUAAAACCCAUCAUAUACUUUUAUAAAUCUAUCAAUCUAGUAACAACUCACAUUGUUACCUUUGAACCUCUAGCAAUUUAUGUGCAAUGGAAAAGUUACCAGUUUUCCCCUACAAUGAACAAACCUCACUGAUCAAUCAGAAACUAGCAUCCAAUCUUGAAUCAUUUCUGUACCAAAAACCAUUAUCUGCUGAAAAAAAAUUAAAGCACAUGAAGUUUUACCCCUCAGAUAAUAUUAACACUGUGUUUGGUUCAAGGAAUUGAAAGGUAAAAGAAAAUAAAAUUUAAGGG